AUGAGGACAGUGAGGAGAUGGUCGGAGGAGGCUUAUGAGACACUGCAGGGCUGUUUUGGGGUUACAGACUGGCAGGCACUCUGUGAGCCACAUGGGGAGGACAUCGACGGGCUCACAGAAUGCAUCAAGGACUACAUCAGCUUCUGUGUGGACUCCACUGUAACAAAGGACAUCAAAGUCAUCCUCAACUCAAAGAAGAGGGCCUUCAGAGCUGGUAACAGGGAGGAGGUGAGAACAAUACAGGGGGAGCUGAAGAUGAAGAUAAGGGAGGCUAAGGAGAGGGAUGUCCAGAUAAAGAGCAUGGAGCAGACAGUGAAACAUGCUGAGAAGUAUCUAGGUGAGUUGUGCUCCCUGCUGGCCUCCUACACCAGGAAGACAGCCAAGCUUAGAGACAAGGCAGACAUCCUGGUGGCUCAGCUCUUUGACUUCUCCAGCAGAGAGGAUCCCGAGCUCCAGGUUGGCCUGAAAAACCUGGCAGAAGACCUGGCCAUGGUGCAGGACUAUAGACAGGCGCAGGUAGAGAGACUGGAGAUGAAAGUUGUUACUCCUCUAAAAGCCUAUGGAGACAUAAUCAAAAAUAAAAAGGCAGAUCUCAAGAAGUUCAGCAUUGACUUGAACAGUCAGCUGAAGGAGUUGCAGAAACUGGAGAAAAUACGACUAAGGAGCCCAGCUGAUCGACAGACCAUUGUAUCCUUUACAUACAGACAUUUGUUUUUUUUCAUCACCACAUUCAUGAGAACUUACGGUAACACUUUUUAUGACGACCACAUCUAUUGUGUAUUAUGA